AUGACAGAACAACAGCAACAACAACACAAGCAAGUGCGCUGCAGAAAUCUACGAAGAAACGUAGAAAUCGGUGCUAAGAAGAUGUGGCUGCCGCUUAUCAUUUUCCUUUCACUGCAGGUCGCACUCGUCUGCGCGGACGAUGUGGAGGUGGUGAAGGCGAUUGCCGGCGGACCCGACGACGAUCUGACCAUCGCUCUUGGGGAUCACGAGAACGAGCUGGACCAGAUGGCCCAGGAAUCGGAGCAGGAGCAGCAGGCCCAGGCGCAACAGCAGCAGCAGCAGCAACAGCAGCAACAACAGCAGCAGCAACAGCAGCAGCAGCAUCAGCAGUUGCCGCAGAUCCAGAUGCAGUUGCCGCAAUCGGUGCCCAAGGUGCAGGUGCACUACCAGCACAACAUGCCGCAGCCGCCUCCAAAUGUGGCACUCACCAUGCGCAACAAUCACCAGAACAUCCCGCUGAGCUUUGGCCAGCCGUUCGGACCUCCUCCGCCACCGGGUGCCCAGUUCUACAAGGGACCACCGCCGCCGCAGCUGCAGCAGCGACCGCAGCCACCGCCGCAGUUGCAGUUGCAGGUGCAGCCGCAGCAGCAACAGCAGCAGCAGCAGCAACAUACGCAGCAGCAGCAGCAGCAGGGUCAGCAGCAGCAGGUGCAGGUGCCCGACUUGAGUGUGGGCGGAUCGAGCAACAAUGAGAUCUGGGCGGCACCGGUGCAGGACAUGCCCAAGAUUGUGUCGCUGGACGUGAAGUGCGAGAAGAACGGCAUGAAGGUGUUCGUGCAGUUCGACAAGCCCUUCAAUGGCAUUGUGUUCUCCAAGGGCCACUACAGCAACAUGAACUGCGUGCACCUGCCAUCGGGAUUGGGACGCAGCUCGGCGACCUUCGACAUUGGACUGCAUGAGUGCGGCACCGCCGGCAAUACGGACAACUAUGGCCAGGGCUAUGGCCAUGAGGCGGGCAGCACGGGAGCUGGUACCUAUUUCGAGAACAUUAUCGUCAUCCAGUACGAUCCGCAGGUGCAGGAGGUGUGGGAUCAGGCCAGGAAGCUGCGUUGCACGUGGCAUGAUCAGUACGAGAAGAGCGUCACCUUCCGUCCAUUCCCGGUCGAUAUGCUGGAUGUGGUGAGGGCCGAUUUUGCUGGCGAUAACGUUGGCUGCUGGAUGCAGAUACAGGUGGGCAAGGGUCCGUGGGCAUCCGAGGUGUCUGGCCUGGUUAAGAUCGGCCAGACGAUGACCAUGGUGCUGGCCAUCAAGGAUGACGACUCCAAGUUCGACAUGCUGGUGCGGAAUUGUGUGGCGCACGACGGCAAGAGGGCGCCCAUCCAACUGGUGGACCAGCGUGGCUGUGUCACCCGACCCAAGCUCAUGUCGCGCUUCACCAAGAUCAAGAACUUUGGCGCCUCUGCGUCCGUGCUGUCCUAUGCCCACUUCCAGGCCUUCAAGUUCCCCGACUCGAUGGAGGUGCAUUUCCAGUGCACCAUCCAGAUCUGUCGCUACCACUGUCCCGAGCAAUGUUCGGCGGAAACGAACCUGCAGGAUGUCCACCACCUGCAGGUGGGUCCAGAAUCGCAGUACGGACCACCGCCGCAACUCCAUGUGGAUGCCUACCAUGUGGCCAGCGCGAUUGGCAAGCGGCGGGACGAGCGAAGGGUGCAGCGACGUGCCCGAGCGGUGGCCGAGCCGCAGGUGGGUCUGAACAGGAUCAUCAAGGUGGUCUCCUCCGGCGAUCUGACCUUCGCCAUCGACGAGCAGGCCGGCGGUAAUGGUAGCACACCGAAUGGCGCCAACUCCGGCGUGGAUCGCAGUCCACAGACCAUGGUAUUUCCACUGCGCGAGGAGGGCCUGAUCUGCAUGACCACGCCGGGCUUUGCCAUCACGCUCAUCGUGCUGCUGGGCAUCCUGGUGACGUCCUGCCUCACGUCCGCCGUGCUCUACGUUCGACUGCGUCCGUUCUCCUCGUUCGCCGGCAGCGCCAAGGAGCGCGCUGUGGCCUUCACGAAUCCCCAGCUGGCACCGCUGCCCGUCAUCCAGCUGCCCUCGCCGGCGGAUCUGCAGGGAACGCUCUCCAAGAAGCGGGCGAUGUCGUGA